AUGGAACGCUCGUACGGUGCUUUUCCGGACGUGCGUCGGCUGUCUGAUAUGCCAGAAAUUAUCGUGAAUGGAAGUGAAAAUUCCACCGGCUCGGGAACCGUUCCACAGGUCCGAUGGCUUGACCAGCAGCAGUAUCUUAUUGAGACCUACCGUCAAAUUCGCACCAAUCUUGGACAAUUAGAAGCUGAAAUCGAAGCAGCCCGACUUCGGGUGACCGACUGGAGCCAGCAGCGACGACAACCAAGCAGGAGCAGAAGUCUGAGCCAUGCAAGCAGCCUACUGAGCUGCAGCACUGACGGACAGACCACAGGCUCUUCGUGUCGUUCGUCUUGUUCCUCUACAUGUGGCAUUCAGUUGCCAGGUGCGGUAGCUGCCAGCCUGAAUGCGGCCACUCUUAUUUCAGCCUUUAUGGCAGCUAGUGCCUCUCCGAAUUCUAGGGUGAUCGGUUCCAUCGCGUCGGAUGAGCAAACCGAGUCAAACCAGAGGUGCCACGUGGAAUGA